AUGGGUGGUGACCUGAAAGGUUCAAGUUCACCACUUCAUAUCACAACAAUGGUGCCUUCUCCAAUAUUCCUUUGGAGAUUUAAGGUGGUAUUGUUUCUUUUUUGGGCUUUGUGUUGCUGCAAGAUUGGAUGGGAUUCAGUCAUGAGAAUGAGUAUCGACCUUCGAGAUUUAUUUUUGUACGAGGCGUUUCUUUAUUACAAUCCUCUUCUUCUUGUGACGAUGAUGGUUUGGCUUUGGGGAGUGAAUUUAUGGGUGUUCUCUCAAGGAAAUGUCAGUUAUGCCAGAGUCUUUGAUCUCGACCAUAACCACCUUACUCAUAGAGAGAUGUGGAAGUGUAGCAUGUGGAUGACCAUCAUUGUCCCAACUAGCAUGACAGCAUAUCUAUACCUGUAUUCUCAUGGGGAAGUAUCUUUGGCUGCUUCACAACCGGUGCUCCUGUACAUUGCUUUUGCUUUGGUUCUGAUAUUUCCCUUCGAUAUUUUCUACUUGUCUACUCGAUAUUUUCUGCUGAGAACUCUAUGGAGGAUAGCUUUUCCACUGCAGCCAAUUUCAUUUCCAGACUUCUUUCUGGCAGAUAUUCUGACCUCCAUGGUAAAGGUAUUUUCUGACUUGGAGCGGUCUGUCUGCCGGAUGGUGCAUAGACAGGUCGCAACAAUUGCUUGGUUUGAAGCCGAUGCUGUCUGUGGCAGUCAUCAAAUUGCAAUCCCUUUGGUUCUAGUUUUCCCCUACAUCUGUCGUCUUUUGCAAUGUCUUCGACAAUACAAAGAUACAAAGGAAAAGUCAUCUCUUUUAAAUGCUCUGAAGUAUUCAACAGCAGUGCCUGUGAUCUUCCUUUCCGCGCUUAAAUACCACGUGAUGCCUGAGAGCUGGACAUCAUAUUACCGACCUCUUUGGCUUUUCUCAAGUGUAAUCAACUCACUUUACUCAUUCUACUGGGAUGUAACUCGAGAUUGGGACUUGAGCGGUUUCACUAAGAUAUUCAAGUUUAGCCGUCCAAGUAACAUAUCAAAUCUGUUAUAUGGCCGGCAAUGGGUGUAUUUCUGGGUGAUAGGUAGCAAUCUGGUGCUGAGAUGCGCAUGGACAUACAAAUUAUCGGCACAUUUGAGGCACAAUUACAUAACGGUGUUCACGAUAACAGCCAUGGAGAUGUUCAGACGUUUUCAGUGGGUAUUUUUCAGAGUAGAGAAUGAGUGGAACAAGAUCACCAAAUCGCAUCCAAUGGGUGAGAUUUCACUUGAAGAAGACAAACUACUUGGUUCUACUACACCCCAUGAUGUUUAG